AUUUCUGUGUGUGAGGUGCGUCAAGAAUCAUCAAAUUUUGGUCGUGUUAUCACGUGACGUUCUCUCACCAUUUAGGGAAGCCAUCGCCAUGCCGAGCUUGCGCGCUCGCAAAAGUGCAGCAGAACCCAUGCAGCAGGCCCCCCAAUGCAAAAGUACACUCUCCAACGCGUCGCAACGCACGCACCUCGAGGCUCGACAAUUGGAAUCAUGUUUACUCUCAGCUCCCAACAUUUACUAUAGUAGCAGUUGCGACUGGGUGGGUCACGUUGCGUCGAGCAGAUUGGGGCUCGGGGCUGUCCCCUUCAUCUGAGCUCAGCUCAUCGUAAGGAAUCACUGAUUGGCAAUCUGGUGGCUCCUGGAGCUAUGGCUGCCGCUGCUGCUACUACCGCAUCCUCUUUCUCGUCGCUGCUAGUAGCUCGCCGCCUUCACCUCUUCAAUCUCUUUCCAUCAUCAGCAUCGCUCUGGCUCCAUCGUCAUAGUCAUCCGAAUCAGCAUAUGGCUGCCUCCGAACCUCCUGGCAAUUCUCUUUCUCCCAGGAGCCCUCUCCUCCCCGACCUCGGGAGGGACCUCCCUUCUCUCAUCGUCACCGUGGCAUGCAUCUCCGUCUCUCUCAUGCUACUCUUCUUCCGCCUCCGCCGCCGCCGCAUCCGCGCAUCCUACCCGCCCGGCCCCCCCCCAUGGCCGAUCCUCGGCAACAUACCCUCCCUCGGAACCCUUCCGCACCGGUCCCUCGCGAAGCUAGCAGACAGGUUCGGCCCGAUCUUCACCGUCUGGUUCGGGCCGACCCCGUGCGUCGUGAUCUCCUCCCCGGACCUGGCACGCACAGCGCUGAGAGCGGACGACAAGCUUUUUAGCGGGCGCCCGCUCGUGGCCUCCUCGCGCGCGCUCACUUUCGGUGGGAAGGAUGUGGCUUUCGCGCCGCCGGACCAGGCGUGGAAGAAGCGGCGGCGCCUGGCGUUCCUACACCUGCUGUCGGCGCGACAGCUGGCGGAGAGCGGCGCGCAGCGGGAGGAGGAGGUGCGGGCGAUGGUGGCAGCGAUGGCGGCGGAAGUGAGGAGGAGGAGGAGCGCCGCCGCAAGAGGUGGGGGGGAUGGGCGAGCGGCGAUGGGUGGAAGUGGGGCGGCUGUGGUUAACAUGAGGAAUUACCUGGCCCGAGUGACCCUGAACAACAUUCUGCGACUCACUGUCGGCGAGAGCUACCCCUACAGCUUCAGCAGCACCGGCGAGGAGUGCGGCACUUGCCAUACUGGCACCAGUGCAACUAGGACUACUAGUGCCAGUAGUGUUACUACUACCGAUGCGGGUGGUAACCGCAAGAUGGAGCGGGAAGGCGAGAGGGUGGCGGCGAUGGUGGAGGAAGUUUUUUUGGUGCUGGGGGCGUUUAACCUGAGCGACCACCUGCCGUGGCUGCGCUGGGUGGACCCCCAGGGCAUCGACGCCCGGCUCAAACGGGUGGAACCCGCCAUCCAUGCGUUUGCACGGGAGGCCAUCAUUGAGAGGGAAGAGGUGGUGAAAUUGAAGCGCGGGCAUGCAAGCUUAGGAGGUGGGGCAGGUGGGGCCAUGGGGGAGGAGGGACAACAGAAGAUGCGGAGCUCUGGUCACCCGCAGCAGCAGCAGAAGCAGCAGCAGCAGCAGCAGCACCAGGAGGAGGAGGAGGUGGAGCGACAGCAGCAGCCAGCUAUUGGGGGAGAGGAGGGCGCAGAAGCUCGGCAGCGGCUUGGCAAUGGUGGGAAGACGCCAGGUGGCGACAAGGCGCCAGCUGGUGAGGUGGGCGAUCAUAAGCCGUUGGUCGACUCCCUUCUGGAGCGAGACAAGGGAGUGGGGGAAAGAGGAGGAGGAAAAAGAGGAGGAGGAGGAGGAGGAGGAGGAGCAGGAGGAGCAGGAGGAGAGGAUUCACUGGACGAGGAGGAGAUGGUGAUGCUGAUGCUGGACAUGUUCCUGGCUGGCACGGACACCACUGCCAAGACAGUGGAGUGGGCUCUGGCUGAGCUUGCCAACCACCCGCAUGCACUCCAGCGCCUCACGGACGAGGUUGACGCUGCUUACCACGCGGCAGCAGCUUCUAGUGAAACGGUAACCACACCAGCAGCAGCUGCUGCAGCAGCAGCAACUCCGGCAACAGGACCAACAGCAUCAACUGCAGCAGAAGAAUUGGUUGCGGUCGACUUCACAAAGCAGGAGGGACAGGGAAAGGGAAAGGGGAAGGGAGAGGGGAAGGGAGAGGGAAAGGGAGAGGGAAAGGGAGAGGGAAAGGGGGAGAAGAAGGGAGAGGAACCUGGAGGAGCAACAGGGGUGGCGGUGCAGGGUCUGCCGUUCCUGCAGGCGGUGCUAAAGGAGACCCUUCGCCACCACCCCGUGGGGCCGCUGCUCGUGCCCCACAAGACAACCGGCCGAGCUGUGCUGGGGGGGCACAGCAUCCCUGCUGGUACAAUGGUGCUGAUCAAUGCAUGGGCCAUCAGCCAUGACGCCAAGUCCUGGGAGAAUCCCCAUGAGUUCGACCCAUGGCGCUUCAUGCCAUCAUCCACAUCCUCAUCAACCCCAUCACCCCCAUCACACCCAUCACCCACAUUACCCCCAUCGCCCAUAUCGCCCACUCCAGAUACUCUGUCUCCUCCGACUGACCUCACGUCCCCACUGCCUUCUCCAUCCGCCCACUCCCUCACGCCUGCCUCCUGGGACCCCUCCGGCGCUUUCCGCAUGCUUCCUUUUGGCGCCGGCCGCCGCGGCUGUGCGGGCAUGGCGCUGGGCGUGGACAUGGCUGCUCGCAUGCUCGCUGCCAUUGUGCACCGCUUCGACAUGUCCGUGUUACCACCGGGCUACAUAGACGGGCCUCCAGCAGAAACAGCCGAAAGUGGUCAAUGUGGCGUGUUAGCAGGGGGCAGUGGAGGGGGGGAGGCAGUGCGAGGAGUGAAGGGGCAGUGGGGUGUGGAGCUAGGGGAGGUGUUUGGGCUCACCCUGGCCCUGGCGACGCCGCUUAGGCUGGUUCUGCGGGAGAGAGAGGUUUGAGGUGUCAGGCCUUUCCUUCGGACUGUGGCGAGGUAUGUCGGAAGGGGAAAGAUUUCUGGAGGAGCCGGUAUGAAAAAAGUAGAAUAGUGUCGCUGUAAAUAGCAGUGUAAAUAGUUCAGGGCUGGGAGCUAGUCGAAUUGCCUUUCCAAGAUUCAGCCAGUUGAGAAGCUCCGUAGCGUGUGUGAUGUC